UGUGCAUGCACGUAGGUAUCUCUCUCUGUAAUUUGGUCCAUAGUUUCAAUUUUAUACACACGGAAUUCAUAAAAUUACUAGCAUUAAGUACCGCUAUGGACUACAACAGCAGACAAUUGGUCGAGGAUACCUUCCUAAGAGUACCUGCGGACGCUCGAAUAAGGAAACAUAAAGAUGAAGAAGAAGCGAGUCAUCCAUCUCUAAAAGUGGAAAUGCAAACAAUUCGCCUCAACCCUGACUCGCAGAACCUUGUGCUGGAUACUUUGAGAUUUAUUCAUGGGCCAAACUUUAAAUUAGACAGUGCUAGUAUGUACAAGGACAAAGGUACAAAUCUUGGCAACCGUUUUUGGAUGGAAAGAGGAAAUCUCGUAGUCAGAGGAGGGUGUGAUUAUUCACUCGCCAAUAAACCAGAUAUGAAGUCCUCGGAGACCAGGCUAAGGGAAUUUGCAUUGGCAAAAUUAGAAAAAUAUUGCUUUAACAAAGCACAUUGUGCAGAAGCUUUAGAAAAUGCAGCGGAAAAUGUUGACAGUGCAUUGGAAAUCCUAUUUCUGAAAUAUUUCAAUGUCACCCAACACGAAAAACCAGCAAAUAUCCCAUCAAAAUCUGAAUUAAUAGAAAUGAGAAAUGACGAGAAAGCAGUACUUGAAUCAAUUUAUGAAAACAGUUUUAAAGCUAAAGAUGCCAACAUGUGGACAGUAAAUCUUCAAUUGGAAUAUCUAACGAAAUUAUAUCAAACCACAGACACGCAAAUUCCAAAGAAAAAAGAACACAAAAAUACAAACUUCAAAACCAAAAAGAAAGAAAUGUGCAAGCUGUUUUUGCGUGGUUCUUGCAGAUAUGGUGUUAAAUGCAAAUUUUCACAUGAAAUAGAGACAGAAAGGAAACCAAGUGAAAUAGAUACUACAAAUAGAGAAAAAGUUUCUUAUGAAUUAGAAAUAAGAUUCCCUGAGGACACUUCAUAUCCAUAUGAAGCGCCACUACUAUUUUUUAAACCAGAACAUAGUUCAAAUUUAAUACCAGAGCUUACAUGUUUACAAAUAACAGCUAGAUUAUAUGAUGAAGCCAAAAUGUUAGCCGAAGAUGGUAUACCAAGUAUAUACACAUUAGUUGAAUUACUUAGCAAUGAAGAAGAUGUAUUAAAUUUUAUAAAAUUCGAUACUAGAAAAUUUCCCGAUGCAUUCAAUGCAUUGUUCCCUCAGUUAACACAAACGACAAAUUUAGACAAAAUAAACCAACCAACCCAUUAUAAGAAAGGUCAAAAUAAAGAUAAUAGAUUGAAUAUUAAUAUUAAUGCAAUAUUAAAAGAGAAUAGUGAAAUAGCUAAAUGGUGGUUAGAUAAACGUGAUAAUCAUAGGUAUCAGAAAAUGAUGUCUAGUAGAAGAAAACUUCCUGCAUGGCUGAAGAAGCAAGAAAUUUUAGAUGCAACGUCAAAAUCGCAGGUAGUAGUGAUCAGUGGAGAGACAGGUUGCGGUAAAAGCACUCAAGUACCACAAUACAUUUUAGAUGAUUGGCUUAACAACUUCAACAAAGGUGGUCGGGAACACGUCGAGAUAAUAUGUACUCAGCCAAGAAGGAUAUCAGCCAUCGGCGUUGCUGAUAGAGUCGCUGAGGAACGGGUGGAGAAGACUGGUCAGGUGGUGGGCUAUCAGAUCAGAUUGGAAAGCAAAGUAUCCUCGAAAACACGACUCACUUUUUGCACCACUGGCAUGUUGUUAAGGAGGUUGGAAUACGAUCCUCAACUGACCACAGUCACUCAUAUAAUAGUUGAUGAAGUUCACGAAAGGUCCGAAGAGAGCGACUUCCUAUUACUAAUAUUAAAGGACCUUAUCAAAGUGAGGAAGGAUUUAACUAUCGUACUAAUGAGCGCUACUAUGAACGCGGAUUUGUUCUCGAUUUACUUUAACAAGGUCCCAGUUAUUGAAAUACCAGGUAGAACUUUUCCAGUAGAACAAUUAUUUUUGGAAGAUAUCUUGGAUGAGACUGAUUAUACUUUGGAAGAAAAUGGUCCCUACGCACGCAAAGUUAAAAGAGGUGACAAAGACAAGAGGAUAGACUUCGAGACGGAAUUAAAAACGGCUGACGUUAAAUCCGACUCAACUGAACCGCCCAAAGCAUCGAUACGCGAUGAAAAUCUUUCGAUAUCCCAAAUAUUGGCAAGAUAUCCAAAUUGUAGUCCAAAAGCGAGUAAAAACUUGUAUCUCAUGGACACGGAGAAGAUCAAUCUAGACCUCGUAGAACAUGUUCUGGAAUACAUUGUGAAAGGGGAUCACUCUUGGCCGCGAGAGGGCGCCAUUUUGAUUUUCCUACCCGGCAUCGGCGAGAUUAUGUCCUUGCACGACCAACUGGCUGAUAGUCAAACAUUUAGUCCGAAAACAGGAAAAUACAUUUUAGUUCCACUGCAUUCAACGCUGUCAAGCGAGGAACAGGCCAUGGUUUUUAAAAAACCUAAUCAAGGGUCGAGGAAGAUUGUCCUAUCUACUAACAUCGCGGAGACUUCAGUUACUAUUGACGACUGCGUGUUUGUCGUCGACUGCGGACGGAUGAAGGAAAAGAGAUUCGAUUCCAACCGUAACAUGGAAUCUUUGGACCUUGUUUGGGUGUCGCGAGCCAACGCGAAGCAGCGUCGAGGUCGGGCCGGUAGAGUGAUGCCCGGUGUCUGCAUACAUAUGUUCACAUCCCAUCGUUACACCUACCACUUGGCGGAGCAACCCGUGCCAGAAAUUCAUAGAGUGCCGUUAGAACAAUUGCUACUCAAACUGAAGAUUUUGCCGUUAUUCCAGAAUAUGAAUGUCCAUGAAGUUCUAGGAAAAACGAUAGAACCGCCGCUCAAAUCCAACAUAGAUGGCGCUUUAACCCGCCUUCAAGACGUAGGCGCUUUAGAUAAAACCUUUGCCCUGACUGCGCUCGGAAAACAUCUAGCUGCUUUACCAGUGGAUGUAAGGAUAGGAAAACUGAUGCUAUUCGGAGCUAUAUUCUGCUGUGUGGACUCAGCUUUGACUAUUGCCGCGUUUUUGAGCCAUAAAAGUCCUUUUCUAUCGCCGUUUGGGAAAAAGGCGGAGGCUGAUUCAAAAAGGAGAGAAUUUGCGUGUUCCAACAGUGACCAGUUGACUACGUUGAGAGCUUACAGAAGAUGGCAGCAAGUAUUAAAGUCAAGUACUCACGCUGCGCUGGUGUUCGCGAAGGAGCAUUACCUCUCACACAAAACUCUGUUGAUGCUUGGAGAUAUCAAGCACCAGUUGCUUGGUUUGCUGGCUUCGAUCGGCUUUGUACCGGAUAUGCCGGCUUUAAGGAGGAAGAUGAGAAAAGAUUCGGUGGCUGCUCUCACUGGUGAAGAAUUAAACUCCAACGGGAACAAUGACAAGCUAUUGGCUGCCAUUUUAUGCGCAGCUUUAUAUCCAAACGUUGUUAAGGUGCUAACUCCAGAAAAGGCGUUCCACAUGCAAGUGGGGGGUGCCAUACCACGGCAGCCUUCACCGGAUGAAUUGAGAUUCAAGACCAAAUCCGACGGCUACGUCAUAUUACACCCCUCCUCCGUCAAUUCCACCUUCGGAUACUUUGCGAGUCCGUACCUGGUGUACCAGGAGAAGGUGAAGACUUCGAGGGUUUUUAUACGGGAGUGCUCUAUGGUGCCCAAGUUGCCGUUGGUUUUGUUCUCUGGAUGCACAUUGACAGUUGAGCUUCAUAACGGCACGUUCAUUGUUUCCUUGGAAGACGGUUGGAUUAUGUUCCAGGUGGAGACACAUGAAGUUGCCGAAAUGUUGAAGACGAUACGCGUGGAACUUAUCAAUCUUCUAGAAGAGAAGAUUAACGACCCAUCUCUGGACCUACUUCAUUAUGAGAAGGGAAACAAGAUUAUAAAGGCAAUCGUCCAUGUUAUAACGAAAGAUUGAUGAAUGUUUAGUAUUUUAGAUUAUUGUAAAGAGAUACACUUAGGAUAAUGAUUGGUCUUUAAAUAGAUACCGUAUUACCUCAGAAAACUAUCACUUUAAAAGUUGCAAUUAAAUAUCAUAGUUUGUUUUGACUGUGGAUACUUUGUUGUUGGGUUACCAGUGAUUCCUUAGGUAACCCGGGGUGUUAUUUAUUUAUAUUACACCUAAUUUGUACACCACAAAUAGGAAAAAAAAAACAAUGGA